AUGGCGCUGAUGACAGAAUACCCAUGUCAAGGGGAUGUCAAUCUGGAACGGCGCCAUUGCCAUUGCACUAAGCGAGUUUGCUCCAGGAUUCCUAAACAUCAGGAGGCCAAAUGGGGCUACAGACGUACGAUGGGUGCGAUGUUCGCAUACAGCAAGCAGGGAGAUCGCAUGCUGAUGUCGUACAAUUGUCAGGUACAGCAGUGCGCACGUGCCGGCCACGCUAGGAUCGCCACCAGGAUGAGUCUUAUCCAAUGUAUCAGGCAUAUCGUGCAGACCGAAGGUCCGAAGGCGUUGUUCAAAGGAUUGGGGCCUAAUUUAGUGGGAGUGGCUCCUUCGAGGGCUAUUUACUUCUGCACAUAUUCACAGGCUAAGGCCAUAUUGAACCAACAUAUAUCCCCAGACACGCCAAUCGUGCAUCUAUCCGCAGCUAGCGCUGCAGGAUUUGUUUCCUGCACGAUGACAAAUCCAAUAUGGUUUGUAAAGACACGACUCCAACUGGACGGACAAAAUGUAACUGCAUUGCAAUGCAUAAAGAGGAUAUACACCAAAACGGGCAUAAAAGGCUUCUACAAAGGCAUAACAGCAUCAUACAUGGGUAUUAGCGAGACAGUGGUUCACUUUGUCCUGUAUGAGGGAGUAAAAGCUCGGUUGAUAGCCGCUAGGAGCCUGGACGGAGUGCCCAGCGACCAGCGCUCCCCACGGGACUUUAUCGAGUUCAUGGGUGCUGGAGCCUUUUCCAAGACAGUCGCUUCGUGUAUUGCUUACCCACAUGAAGUAGCAAGAACGCGACUGCGAGAAGAGGGGAACAAAUAUCGCAAGUUUUGGCAAACGCUGCAUACAGUUUGGAUGGAAGAGGGAUGCCGUGGAGUUUAUAGGGGCCUAGGUACACAACUAGUCCGUCAAAUACCGAACACAGCAAUCAUGAUGUCGACGUACGAGGCAGUGGUAUAUCUACUUACUACACACUUCAAUAGUUCCUUUUAUGAGAAUACUUAGCUUGCUCUACAUAAUUUCGAAUGUAGUUAAGCAGUACUAAGACAAGGCCAGGAUAUAUUGGCAAAUGAAUGGAAUAUGUCGAUUUAAAAUUUAUUUCUAAAUAACUUUUGACUCUGUGUAAAAAUAACCCAGUAAGCACCGGACAAAAAUAAGUCGUAUAAUAUUGUCAUAAUGUCGCUUUUGUUACAAUUUGCAUUUAGAAUGCGAUAAACAAGGUGUUAAGAAGGCUAAAAAUUAGCCAGUCAAGUUUGAAUUUUCAAAUAGGUACAUUCUUAAGGUCGAUUCAGAUGACAAGCGUUCGCCGCGAGUCGGCUUGUGUGCGCCUACUAUGAUUAAAUUCGUGUAUCUGAACCGGCGACCCUUAACGUAUAUGAAAUAUAAUGUAUCUAUUUUGUCAAAUUGUGAUUCACCAAUCUCACGGUUGUAUCAAAUCCUGUAAUACUAUAAUAAUAUGCGUGUUUACAUUCGCGCACGGAGCUUACCCUAGGGUCGGCAGACUAAAGCACAUAACUCAAACAUCCACAUCGUUCAUUUAAAGCAAUAAGCGACUAAGCACAAGUCUGUCAACCCUAUAUGUGUAUGUAUGUAUGUAUAAUGAUUAUUACUAUUCUUAGAAUGAGUAAAGUUUAUAUUCUUGUUAUUAAAAAUAAGCUGGUUGUCCUUAUGGUCUUGGAUUGUACUUGUUACCGAUAGACGGUAACGAUUUAAGUGACUGAAUUUACAUACGAUUAUUUGUACAUAAUUAUUUAGAUGUAGUUUAUAAAAGUUAGUGAGAAAGUCGUGUUGUUUACAUGGAUCUAAGUGAAUUCAGUACUUAUUCAAAUGUUGUUCCAAGGCAAUUCGUUGAUGUUACAGAUUAUUUUGGAAAUUUAAAAUGGUAGUUUUCCCUAAAAAAAAUCUAUUUUACCUGUUAGGCCCAUUAGGGUCAAGACACACUGCUCGACCGCAAUCGACUGUAAUCUACAUAAAAAUAACAAUUGUUCAUACGAAAUGUCACUUGCGAAUGCCAUCACUUACUAGUUGUGCGUUUUGUGUAUAUGCAAACCCGACGAUCACUGUAGAUGAGUGUGUCUUAACCCGUAUCCACCAGAGCGGAGAAUAGAAGAGACGUAAUCAAUUCAGGCGUUACUUUGCGGAAAUCCACGUUAAUAAGAAUGGAAGUAAAUUAAUUUGCUACUCUCCGAACCCAGUGAAGGUUUAAUCGUGCCAAAUAACUGGUUACUUUUUCAAUAAAUUAAUAAAAACAAAUAAUACAAACGCAACUAUAGUCAGGAAUACCAUCAAAAAUAUAAUCGGCGUGUUUCGCCUCUCUACGAGACAUCCUCUGGGCUUGUUGAGGAGACGUAUUUAAAACAAUCAAUUCAUAUCUUCGCUGAAAAUAACAACAACUUCAAAACCAGAUCAAAGAUCUGCAACAAACACAUGAAAUUCGUGAGGUCCAUUGGUUCGUUCCUUGGCUCAGUUAGUAUAGCGUCUGACA